UAUUAGGAAAAGAGGGAGGUCUGACAGCAGAGGAGAGUGGUGGAUGUUUAGUCCAGUGCUGAUGGGUGUAGCUCUGUAUGCUACAACAGAAGUUACCGAGACAUUUUGGCUGGCUGUUUCCUGCCAUCCCUGUGCGGGACUGCUGUCACUCCUCCGUAGGGACACUGCAACUUCAGGCUGACAGGACCCUCAAGUGCUGUUUAUUGUAAGAUCAGUCUUACACUGUGGUCGAAUACCAGCAGAAGCAAACUUCAAUAACUAACUUAAGGUUAUUUGAUCCACGUCCUCCAUCGGGUGGAGGAUGGAGACGAGUCCCAUCCCGGUGGUGACGGUCCAAACCGCCCCCUUCGAUGACCAGCGGCCCGGUACCAACGGACUGCGGAGGAAGACAGCGGUGUUCGAGGGGAAGAAAAACUACCUGCAGAACUACAUCCAGAGCCUGCUGUCCUCCAUCGACCUGCGGGACCGGCAGGGCUGCACCAUGGUGGUGGGCAGUGAUGGCCGCUACUUCAGCCGAGCUGCCACCGAGGUGAUCGUGCAGAUGGCAGCUGCCAACGGGAUUGGUCGUCUGGUAAUCGGCCACAACGGCCUCCUGUCCACCCCCGCUGUUUCCUGCAUCAUCAGGAAGAUCAAGGCCAUCGGUGGGAUCAUCCUCACAGCUAGCCACAACCCCGGAGGCCCUGGUGGAGACUUUGGAAUCAAGUUUAAUGUGGCAAAUGGAGGCCCGUCUACGGACACAGUGAUGGAGAGGAUCUGCCAGGUGAGCCGGACACUUGAGGAGUAUGCCAUCUGCCCUGACCUCCACAUUGAUCUGUCCAGGCUGGGAAGACAAGAAUUUGACCUGGAGAACAAGUUCAAACCUUUCAGAGUGGAGAUUGUUGACUCAGUUGAGGUAUAUCUACAGCUGCUGAGAAACAUCUUUGACUUCAGUGCCAUUAAAAGUCUUCUCACAGGACCAGAUCAGCUCAAGAUACACAUAGAUGCCAUGAACGGAGUGAUGGGUCCUUAUAUACGUAGGAUCCUGUGUGAAGAGUUGGGAGCUCCGGCUAACUCUGCUGUCAACUGUGUCCCUCUGGAGGACUUUGGUGGCCGACCCCCAGAGCCCAACCUGAUCUACGCCACCUCUCUGGUAGAAGCCAUGAAAGGAGGUGACUUUGGCUUUGGAGCUGCAUUUGACGCAGAUGGGGACCGGUAUAUGAUCCUAGGAGAAAACGGCUUCUUUGUGAACCCGUCAGACUCUGUGGCCAUCAUGGCUGCCAACCUCUCCUCCAUCCCUUACUUCAGACAGCUAGGAGUUAAGGGCUUUGCCAGGAGUAUGGCCACCAGCACCGCCCUCGACAGGGUAGCCAAAGCCAUGAAACUGGCACUGUAUGAGACUCCCACAGGCUGGAGGUACUUUGGGAACCUGAUGGAUUCUGGGCGUUGUUCCCUCUGCGGGGAGGAGAGCUUUGGGACAGGUUCAGACCACAUUCGUGAGAAAGAUGGAUUGUGGUCGGUGUUGAUGUGGUUGUCCAUCAUGGCGGCCAGGAAACAAAGUGUUGAGCAGAUUGUCAAAGAACACUGGGCCAAAUUUGGACGUAACUACUUCUGCAGGUUUGACUAUGAAGCCCUGGAACCACGUGCAGCCUUUUACUUGAUGAGGGACCUGGAGUCAGUAAUCUCAGACAAAGCAUUCACCAGCCAGAAGUUUGCUGUGGGAGACCACAUCUACAGCGUGGAGAGGGCCGACAACUUUGAAUACAUCGACCCCGUGGAUGGAAGCGUGGCUCGAAACCAGGGCUUAAGGAUCGUCUUUACGGAUGCAUCCCGCCUGGUGUUUCGGAUGAGUGGGAGUGGUGGUGGGACCGGGGCCACCAUCCGCAUCUAUGCAGAGAGCUUCGAGAGAGACCCUGAGAGACACAACAGAGAGACGCAGGUAGUGCUGGGUCCUCUCAUUGCCAUCGCUCUGAAGAUCUCCAAUGUCCAUGAGAGGACAGGGCGCCGUGGCCCUAACGUCAUUACAUGAGUAACCAGGAAAACACACAAUCACAUGCACACACAACUAACUGCUCACACAGACAUAGCACAUUUUCCUGCACCCUCUGCCAUUUUUAAAAUUCCUUUUUGAGUAGCUUCAUAGUACAUUUUUUUUUCUUUAAAUGAAACUGAGGGUGUUAUUUCUAAAAAUAAAAAGCACAAUAUUUUCUCAAUUGUUUAUAGACCACUAACAUCUGUCAGCUAUAGAAAACGUAGAAUAUUCAGUGUCUAAACCAGGGAGGUUCUUUAAUUAAUGUUUGUAGCUUGCAGUUGUCAAGGCUUCUUGGCUGAGGCAGCCUUAGAUACUUUUUUUAAUUCACCAUGCUGUUUUUGUAUAAAAGUGCUGUGUUCACUUGUCAUAUAGCUUGUAUACCUGUACUCUCAUAAUAUGUAAUUUUCUUCAACCAUUUCAUGCAGAAAUUGUCACUUAUCUAAGUGUAAAAUAAAACAUGUUAAGCAUAACACCUAAUAUAUCAGUGAAUUGAAUUGCAAUUAUUGUAUGUUUGAUAUAAAAUAACGUGAAUGCAAUUUCUUGUUCUAUAAAGAAGCAGGAGGAUGUAAGACUAUUUAAAAUGUAAGAUAACCAAUAAGCAAGUGAGCCCACAGGUAAUGAAAAAGAAAAUCUAUAUUGGACAAUUCUUGGCUUAUCUGGCAUUUUUUUUAGGAUCAGUUUAUGCCUUUUGGGAAUGCUGUAUAACCAUAUUUGAAUAUAUAAAUGCCUUUCUUUUUUUAUCCAAAUAAACCUUUUUUGUGUGUA